AUGGAGUUCCCUGCUUGCCGCACGCCCGAGUGGCUUCGCGCUGCAUUUGACGGGCCUGAGGAGCCUCAGGCGCAGCCAGAGCAACAACAGCAGCAAAAGCAGCAGCAGCAGCAGCAGCAGCAAGCAGCAGCAGCAGGACCCUUGAAGUGCCCUGACUUCGUCUUCACAGGCCUCGACGCGACCCCUCGCCUGCUGCUGGCGACUCCCAGCAGCACCACCACCACAGCUUCCCGCCGCAUCACCGGCAGCAGCAACAGCAGCAGCAGCAGCAGCAGCAGUAGCAGCGGCAGUUUGUACGCGCAGCGCGCAGCUGCAGUCAGCAACAGCAUAAGAGAAGCCCUCUUCCGCCAGGCCCUUUUCCAAAUUCAAAAUGUGGAAGUGCAGACGCUGCGGAGCUGCAGAGGCAGCCGUUUUCUUGCUGCUGCUGCAGUGACCUUCGACAGGCAGCAGCAGCAGCAGCAGCAGCAGCAGCGGCUGCAGCAGCAGCAGCAGCGCGCCGCCGCCGCCGACGGCGCCUUCGCCCGCGCGAAGGAGACCGCCAAGACGCUGCUGCUGCGCCUCAGCAGCAGCAGCAGCAGCAGCAGCAGCAGCUUGGGGGAGCUGCUGCGGCGGGAAGAAUGGCAAGUUGACCGCUGCGGCAGCAUGCGGGCCUACGAGGUGUCUGUACACCGCGAUGCAGCAGACUUCUACACUGUUACUCUAAACCCUAAAGAGUUCUGCGACAAAUUGAGAAGAUGGUGGUUCAAAUGGGCAGACACUAAUGACGAUUAG